UCAACAUAUGGUCGAAAGAUGAUGACCGGGUACCUGUCUGCAAUCGGAGUGGUUGCUGGUGAACGCCGGGUGGGGGAGAUUUUGAAAACAUCUCAUGGUCCCUAUCACGAAAUGCUCAAACAUAAUCAUACGGUAGAGCGAAUGUGGGUAGAGAUAAACAACAGGGUAAAUUACCCAGUGAAGGAGGCCCUCGUGCAGCUGCAGGAUCAGGAAGUCCUCAACAUGGAUGACAACGUGACUAGAUACUGUACAUCUAACCUUACUGCUGAGCUGUGCAAGAUUGGCAUAACAAGAGCUGUACAUGCAUGGAAUGCACACAGAAUCCCAGGCAAAGGAACACCCAAUUGUUUGGCAGCAGGAGGAUGUCCAAAAAAACUGGGGGAGGAGUUGUUGCCACAUGCCUCCCAAGCAGCAGACAUGUACCAGCAGGAUGUUGGCUCUUCACUGACCAGAGUCUCCUGCUUUGGAACUGACCCCUUCUCAACUGAGGAGGACAAAAUAUCAGCAGAACAACUUUUUGCUGAAGAGUACCCUGAUAUUUCAGUUUUAUUAGAUAAUGUGGUAAAUUAUAACUUUGUACCUUUUCAAGAUACAUUGCUGUAUCUGAUAAACAUUACGCAGCAAUAUGCAUGAACAUGUCAAACAAAGACAAGUUGGUUCUGGAUAUACUGUAUAUUUUGUUACUUUCCUUUCACAAAUAAAAAUCAAACACUUGCAUGCUAAAAUUGCUACAAUAGCAAUGUUAAACAUUACACAAUAUUUGUCUUAACUGCAACAUGAAAUACAAAAAAUGUUUGAAAAUAAAACCUUUCUGUAUCCUCUACAGCUGUUGAACAAGUGCAGAAUUCCAACUGACUUUAGAACAAAAUAUUUAGCCAGAAGUAACCAAGGUAAUCAAGCUUAAAUCCUAGAAUGUGAUACAAUCACACUGAAAGGGUUAAUCCAAUCUUAAUUACACCAGCCAAUAAGGAGAGAACAUUGUCAAGACUGGUCAGCCUGUGUACACUGACAGAGAACCCAUCUGCCCUGCAUUUGAGGCACUGGUCGGAUGUCAGCAUCCACUGGUCAACGCAGUUUUUGCAGCCAACAAAGCUUUUGCAGCAUACGGCAAUCACAGGCUCUUCCAUCAGCCCUGUUUGAUGAAAAAAAUAAAAAUAAAAGGGGCAAUAUACACGCAAUAUUAGAGUUCAAUAUAAUAUCUUGCCUUUACUUAAAGGAACAGUUCAUCCAAAAAUGAACAUUCUGUCAUUAUCUACUCACCCUCAUGCCAGUUAAAAUACAGGUGCAGCUUGUCCAUAUAACACA